AUGUCUGACGAGGAGGAAUAUUCUGGCUCCGAGGAGGAGGAAGUAGAAGAAGAAGUUCCGGAGACGCCCGCUCCCAAACCAGAGAGUAGACCGUCGAUCGCGGGUGAGGGAGAUCCAGAAUUCAUCAAGCGUCAAGACCAGAAGCGGUCGGACUUGGACGAACAGUUGAAGGAGUACAUCAACGAAUGGCGCAAACAGAGGGCCAAGGAGGAGGAUGAGCUCAAACGCCUCAAAGAGAAGCAGGCCAAGCGCAAGGUUUCUCGCGCCGAAGAAGAGAAGCGCCUCGCCCAGAAGAAGAAGGAGGAGGAAGAAAGGAGGGUGCGCGAGAUUGAGGAGAAGAAACAGCGCGACAUCGAGGAGAAGAGGCAGCGGCUCGAGGAGGCCGAGAAGAAGCGCCAGGCUAUGCUGCAGGCGAUGAAGGAAUCCAGCAAGACCGGCCCCAACUUCACCAUUCAAAAGAAGAGCGAUAACUUCGGACUGAGCAGCGCUCAACUGGAACGUAACAAGACCAAGGAGCAGUUGGAGGAGGAGAAGAAGAUCUCCCUCUCCAUCCGCAUCAAGCCUUUGAACAUCGAGGGCCUGUCCGUCGACAAGCUUAGACAGAAGGCCACCGAGCUCUGGGAGUGCAUAGUCAAGCUCGAAACCGAGAAGUACGACCUGGAAGAGAGGCAGAAAAGACAGGACUACGACUUAAAAGAGCUCAAAGAAAGACAGAAGCAGCAGUUGAGGCACAAGGCCCUAAAGAAGGGUCUCGACCCUGAGGCGCUCACAGGCAAGCACCCGCCCAAAAUCCAGGUCGCAUCCAAAUAUGAGCGACGCGUCGACACACGGUCCUAUGACGACAAAAAGAAACUAUUCGAGGGUGACCUAGAGAAACUGAACAAGGACUUCCUUGAGAAGAUCUGGCACGAAAGAGCCGAGCAGUUCGGCGGCAGGCAAAAGGCGAGACUGCCCAAGUGGUUCGGCGAGAGGCCCGGCAAGAAGAAGGGCGAGCCCGAAUCCCCCGAAGGCGAGGAGGACGUGAAGGCCGAGCCGGAGGACGAGGAGCCCCAGUUCGAACCCGAGCCCGAGGAGGAGGAAGAGGAGGUAGUCGAAGAGGAAGAGGUGGAGGAAGAGGAGGAGGAGGAGGAAGAGGAGGAAGAGGAAGAGGAA